GGCUUGUCUUUACAGCUGCCUGCCUGUACACUGUUUUGCUGGCCUGUCCCUUGGUCACUCGGGAUUUCGAUAUAAACACCAGUGUCUUUCCCAUGCUCUGGCCAUGGGGCAUUGAGAAAUGGAUGGCGGCAAGGUAACCCUGGGAAGGACGGCGGGCCUGUAUAUCGGCGCUGCCGUCCUGCGACUUGCCAUCUUUACCCUACUUCCCGGCCUCCCUGACCUGCUGACGGGCCGCGUCGAAAUCUCGACUCCCGUCACUAGCUUCAAGCGCUUGCAGGAAGGCCUGUUUCUGUACAAUCACAAUGUCUCGCCCUACGACGGCGGCGUCUACCACCAGGCGCCCCUCUUCCUCCCGCUCUUCUCCUUGCUUCCCAGCUUUGCGACCUAUCCGAUCUUUACAUACCUCUUAUAUAUUGCCGUGGACCUACUGAACGCUCGCGCUCUAUGGAGAAUUGCCAAUUCGGGAGAAGCUGGCUCAUCGGCGCUUUUCACUUCCCCGCGACGUGAGAAGCGCUGGAGUGGCUUUGUCAUUGCUGCCGUUUUUCUCUUCAACCCGUUCACAGUUGCAACAUGCAUUGGACGGUCAACGAGCGUAUUCACAACGUGCGCCAUCCUCCAUGCUAUCGCCAAGGCUGUCUCCGGCGCCCCCCUUGGCGCCAUGGUGGCCUUGUCGUUUGCCAGCUACCUAUCCAUGUACCCGCUACUACUCCUUCCGCCGCUCCUCCUCCUCUGCUACGACAGGCAGCGCCCGGAACGCGCCGUGAAAUCUAGCCUCGCAUUCGCCUCGAUCCACGUGUCCAUCGUUGCCGGCGUUCUGGCAUUACUCUUUCAGAUGUCGUAUCUCAUCACCGGCUCCUGGGAGUUCCUGCCCUCGACGUACGGCGUUCAGCUGACGCUGUCCGAUCUUACCCCAAAUGUUGGCCUGUGGUGGUACUUCUUCAUAGAGAUGUUCGACUCGUUCCGCUCCUUCUUCCUAGCUGUCUUCUGGUUGCAUCUGUCUUGCUACGUUGGCGGCCUGAGCGUGCGCAUUCGCCGCCAGCCGCUUGUGGUUUUGACGCUCCUGCUGGGCAUCAUUGCUAUCUUCAAGCCGUACCCGAGUAUCAGCGACACGUCGCUGUUUCUGGCCAUGGUGCCGCUCUACCGCCACGUCUUCCCCUUGAUGCGCUACUCCUUUGUCAUCGCCGCCGUUAUCAUGUAUGCCACCUUCUUGGGGCCGGCGUUCUAUCAUCUGUGGAUCUAUGCCGGCAGCGGAAACGCCAACUUCUUCUAUGCUAUCACGCUGGUUUGGGGAUUAGGGCAGAGUCUGUUGGUAUGCGAUCUGAUGUUUGCCGUGCUGAGAGAUGAGUGGGAGGUGGAGAGGCCUGAGAUGGUGGGCAAGGAGAUUAGGCAGAUAUAGGGACGGAAGGGGAACUAUUGGUUUUGUGUUAUUAAUGUAAGGGGAUUUCAAUGCAUAAAGUCAUGACCAUCGAUCGACUCUUCACGCUGCUCUCACCGAGGUAUACCUCAGUUUCUGUUCGUAAGGCUAGGUACCUGAUCUUCCGAUUCUUAUUCCUAAGCCCUUGCUGCUGCGCCGUGGGGUAUCACAUAGGAAUUGCUAGAG